AUGACUAGUCUUAGCUUUCUAGUUUCGAGUUUCAUGGCCAUGGCUCUUGUCGUCGGAGCUUUAGGUCAAAUUGGAGACCACCUCAAUGCAUGGGGUGACGGACGUGCGACAUUUUAUGGUGAUAUUCAUGGGAGUGAAACCAUGUACGGAGCAUGUGGCUAUGGAAAUUUAUUUGAACAAGGGUACGGUCUCGAGACAACUGCACUAAGCACCGCGCUGUUCAACAACGGGGCGACAUGUGGAGCCUGUUUUGAGCUAUAUUGUGUGCACUCAAAAUGGUGCAUAAAGGGGGCCGGAGGCAUUCGAGUGACAGCAACAAAUUUUUGCCCGCCCAGCUCUACAUCCCCAAACCCCUGGUGCAAUCCACCACAAAAGCACUUCGAUUUGUCGCAAUACAUGUUUCUAAAGUUCGCCAUAUACCAAGGCGGAGUCGUGCCCGUGAAGUUCCGGAGGGUGUAUUGUUACAAGAAGGGAGGAAUGAAGUUCGAGAUCAAAGGAAACCCAUAUUGGAUUCUUGUGUUGGUGUACAAUGUGGGAGGUCUGGGGGAUGUUUCUAAUGUGAAGGUCAAGGGUUCAAGGACUGACUGGAUACAGAUGCAACGGAAUUGGGGCCAGAAUUGGGAAACGGGGGUUCAAUUGGUAGGCCAAGGCCUAUCUUUUCAGGUGACUACUAGUGAUGGUAGGAUGGUGCAGUCGGAUAAUAUUGUCCCAACCAAUUGGGAGUUUGGUCAAACAUUUGAGGGGCGAAAUUUUUGA